CAGUCGCACUCGCAGGCGCUACGGGGCAGGUUGCUUGAUACGGCAGCAUACGCGGCGUAUACGUAACGUGGAAAAAGGACAAGAUUUUUUCAAUGCAAAAUUGAUUGCAGCGUAUCAGCGGCAAAUUUAGCAAACAGAAAACAGCAUGCGAAGGAAAAAGAAAAGUGUAAUGAUAGCGCCAAGGAACCAAAUCCGACUUUAGUGCCAAUUGUGCCGUGCGAAAUGCUGUUAGUGCCGCGUUGUUGUUCGUGUCCAUGUUGUGAUUACAUAAUGAGACGCUGCUGAAAGUCAAAGUCCAAGGAGAAGUCCCAAGUGUGUAUGUAAGCCAGGCGGCAGCCAUAUCUCAACUUGCCGCCACUAACUCAGCCGAAGUAGAAGGCGAAGCAAAAGCCUAAGGACCAGCCCUCCAUCUGCAGGAUAACGAGGAGCGUGAGGAGCCGCAGGAGGAUGCCCUUCGGCCGCAAGUCCCCGCUGGAGGCACUGGCCCUUCCCGGCGUCAUGCUCGCCUACAAGUACAGCCAGUUCCGCCAGCGCCGCCGGGAGGCCGCCAGCCGACGGGUCACCGAGCGCGAACUCUCGGCGCUGCACCAUAAAAUCGACAAACUACUGAGUAAACUGGAGGAGGAAAGCGAGCCGGAUCCUCCAACCUCCCAGGAGGACGAAUGUGUGAUCUGCAUCAAUGCCCGGGCCACCAUGCAGACAUCGCCAUGUGGCCACCGCGUCGUCUGCCGCCGCUGCUUUGUGAAGACCAUUCAGAGUGCGGUGGCCCAACGACUGUUGCCCCUUCGCUGCGUCAUUUGUCGAGCGCGGGUCAAUCGUCUGACCUCGUCCUCGGGCACUUGGCGAAUCCAGGAGUCGGCCAGCAGCUACUCAAUGGGCGCCAAGAGUUGGGCCUCCGCCGGAGUGGCCGCCGGCGGUGUGGUACCCUCGGCGAGCUCCUACUCGAUGAACGAUGCGCACAGCGGCCACCAUUCGUUCCACCAGCCCACGCUGCACAAGUCGGCGGUGGGACGGCAUCACCCGCAUCAUUACGCCGCCCGAGGAUCAGCCCAUGCUCGAGUCUCCCAGUCGGACAGCCUGUACUCGAUGAGCUCGACGGGAUCGGCGGCUUCAUCGGCCUCCGGUUAUUCACACUACUCCAAGACGUCUUCCAUAUCGAGCAACGGUCCCUGCUCACCGGCCUCGCCGGCCGUGGCUUCCAGCUCCAAUCACCUGGCACCGCCAUCGCCCACCACCCACCAUCACAGUCAUAGUCUGGCCUCACCCACUCCAUCGGGAUCAUCGGGCAGUUCCCUUUCACCGCGGGAAAAUGGAACUUCACAUUCGCAUCAUGGUGGGUGUCCCAUUGGUUGCUCCGGUGCCGUGCCAAGAAAACCGCUUCACACGCUCACCAAUAGCUCAUCCACGCCCAUUUCCGGUUCAUCGUCGAGCGGAAGUGGGGGAGGAGGAGUGGGCAACGGCAACGGUAGUGUACCAAGUGGAAUGAUGACGCCUACGCAUACGUAUCCUGGCCGAAGGCAUGUAAAGAACCGACUGAUGGACAUCCAGAACCGCCUGCCGCCGAUCAAGGAGUUCCGCAGUCCGGCCAAAGUGCCGCAUCCUUCGCCCGUGCACGUCAGCAAUCCCAGAUUUCGUUACUCCACUUAUACAAAGUCCAGUGCCCAUGAACUGGCUCCGUUGCUGCGUGAAUCCGGAUCGUCGCCUCCGCCACGUCGCCCCAGUCCGAUGAACAUCCAGCUGAGCUGCUCCGCACUGGCCCCGCCCCCUUUGAAGGCGGGCGGGGCAAAGAUCUGCCCACUGACCUCGAAGAACUCGCUGCCGAAAAACGCUUACGUGAUGCCCAAGGAUAAGAAGCAGCCAGCUUCUGUUCCGCAAGGGAAAGCUACUGGUACUGCCUCCAAGUCGACUCCACAAGGAGCAGGCUGCUCGAGGGCAUCAGCUGGAUGUUCUGCUGCCAAUUCAGGAUCAACUGGAGCUGGAUCGGCUAGUAAUCCCAAGCCCUCGUCAAGCUCUUCCAGUCGCAGUUUUCCGCUUUUCUCCGCCGCCAGUAAUCAGAGAGAGAAGGCUGACAAUAAGAAGAACGAAUCUGUUGAGCGCAAGAAAAAGGAGGAAAAGCUCAAGCUGAAGGCUGAGAAGGAAGCCAGAAAGGAGGAAAAGCGACUGGCCAAGGAGGAGGAGCGUCUGGCCAAGCUGCACGCCAAGGAGGAGAAGAAGCGGGGCAAGAAGGAGGCCAAGGAGCUGCUGUUGGCCAACGAUGGGAACAGCAAGAAGUGAGGGAAGGGCACCCAAUUAGCCAGCAAAAACGCAUAUUUCCAGUUGCAAUUCUAGCCAUGUAAGAUCAUCACCAAGUACCCGUGUAACCGUACUAUAUCAAGCCAGAUAGGAUCGGAUGGAAUCAGACCUCCAACUCACACACCUCAACACCCCCUACCCAUAUGAAUCGAGCUUGAUUGUAAUUUUAUGAACGUAAUUUGUCAGUUAGGCCUCAAUCAUUUCCAUGAUUUUUUACUCGAAAUAGAAAAUAGAGAAGCCAAAUAUUUAAAAAUAGUUUCUUAAAAAAAAGAAUUCACUGUAGAAUCGUGAAAUUUAAAUCACCUUCAUUGUACUUGUGUCUGCAUAUUUACUUCUUUUGUGGGCGUUUUUGGCAUUUAAUGCUUUUAAUUCAAAAGAAAAACUAUGCCAAACAUUUGUAUUUAAAUGAUAAACCUUUGGCAAGCACUGAUUUUUUCACUAAUAUUUUGCUUUCAUUUCGUUUAUAGUCGUAAGCAGAAACUUCCACUUAGUUUUCAUUACGUUCACUGCCCACUUUCAUAACUCUUCACCGUCUAGAGAUAUGAUAAGAAUAGGAUGAUAUUGCUGCCUUUCGUUCGACAUUGCCUCAGUCUCAGUCUCAACAUGAAUCAUUACCAAUUAAAAAGGUUGUUGAAACAAUUUCAAUUUGAACAGAUUCUGAUGAAAAUAUCCGUAACAGUCCUUUUUACUUUCAAGUUUCCAUAUACUAGACUACCAAACAGAAUACCCCUUAAUAGAGAGAACCUCAUCUCGAGAUAUAGAACCAUGACCACUGAAUGGCAAACCAAUGUUAGAGCCAAGCUUUAGCAAACGUAAGCCAGAAUCUGAAUAAAUUAAUAACUAUGUACUACCAGUAUGUUAACAUGUUUACAAAAAGCGAGAGCAUAUUAAAGUAGUUUUCAUAUACCCCUCUAUAUAUAUUAUAUAUAUAUAUCUGUAUCUGUAACUAAAUCUAUAGAAUCCAUACCUAUAUUGGAAACUGUUCAAAUGCAAACAUAAGCAAUGUUUCGAUGUAUGUACGUGUAUAUGUGUUACCAGGAUUGUUUUAAAAACAGACAAAUAUAUCCCCGAAAAGUGGGAAACGAUGAAACCCAAUAAAGAAUCAAUUAUGUUG